AUGGAAAGAACAUCGAGAAUGUCGGAUUCAUGUCAGCUAAAAUGUUUACCCGAUGAUUUCGUCAACAGUGAUUUUACUAUUAAUUCAAAUAUCAAUAGUUUAGAUUAUCGUUGCCAUUAUUGUGGUAAAAAUUUCAAAGAUAUUGAACAGUUGUGUGAACAUUUUAAAGAGUCAAAUCACUUAGAUUUUGUUGAUUCAAGUUCUAUGUUAUGUUGGAAAAAAGGUUGUAAUCAAUAUUUUUCAUCGUUACCCGUAUUAAAUAUUCAUUUUCGUGAAAUUCAUUCAACAUCACUUAAAAAUAAAUCAUUAUUAGAUGAUUUAUUUUCUACAACACGUGUAUCACCAUUAUCUUCCAUUUCAUCAUCAUCUCUAACAAGUCCACCUUUAACACAAGCGAUUAUUCCUCUACUUGAACAUCAACAACAACCACCACUUGAAAACGAAAUUUUAAAAUUAAAAGAAAAUUCACCACAAAUUCUACCAUAUUAUAUAUCAACAACAUCUAAUUUGCCAAAUGAUACAAAACAGAUACAAGAAAAUCAAUCAAUUCAAUCAAAACAGCAGCAGCAGCAGCAGCACACAUCUGAUACCACAUUAACACCAUCAACAUCUAUUCUUGAUGAAAAUAAAUAUUCAUCGACGUGCAUAAAAUGUUCAAAACGUUUUUCUUGUAAAUCUGAUUUUGAUAUGCAUAUUAAAUUAUGUGAUGAACAAUCAUCCGUUGUAAAAUCUCGUAAAUUAAAAACAUCAUCAAAACAUCCAAAAUCACAUCAAUCUGAACAACAAAAUACACUCUUAGCAACUGGAGAUAGUUUUAUUUCUCGAAGUACUAAUAAAUGUGAUUUAUGUGAUAUCGAACUAUCGUCGUCUACAGAUUUAAUAACACAUACACAAUCAUCAUUACAUCAAGCAAAAUUACGUGAUUAUUUUACAUCGACUCUUCUAUCAUCGAUAACAGCUCAAACAAACGCAUACUGUUUACCUGAAUUUGCUCAACAAUGGUUGAAAUAUUUUACAGAUACAAAUGGUGGAAGUUCUAGUACAAAUGAUUCAGCAUAUGAUCCAUUAAAAUUAUGGCCAUCUUCUAAUUUAAUUUCAUUUGAUACACAUUCAGAUACAAACACAACAUCAAUUCCAUUAUUAGAUUUAUCAACCAAAAAACAAGUUCAACAGAAUAAAACAACUAUUUUAACUCCACAAUCGACGCCAUCUAUUGGUUCUACAUUCAGUAUUUUGACAGCGCAUCCAACCACAACGACAUCAACAACAUCAUUAGCAUUGACUAACAAUUACAACAAUCGUGAUAAUUUACCACUUACUCCUUCAACUCCAUCAUCGCCAAUUCCAUCUUUAUCUGCUUCCACUUCAUCUUUGACAAAAUCACUUUCAACUACCAGCAACAUAAAAUCAAAACAAGCCGCUAUUUCGAUUGGUACAGAUAUUGUUCAACAUUAUAUUGAAAAUAAUUUAGCUGAAAAAAGGCUAAAACGUGAACAACUGAAAGAAAAACAAUCGCAAUCACAAUCACAAAUGCCCGCUGUAACAAAAUCACAAUCAUUUGAAGGGCUAGCUUCAUUUUUGAAGCCUCAACCAGUUGUCGAUGAACAACAGCCAAUUAAAAAUAUUCUUGAAACAACAAAUACAAUAAAUAGCGUUCCAACAACGGCAGAUAUCCAAAAUAUUAUUGAUAAUACAGACAACUAUUCGCCUCAUCAUCAACUGUCAACAUGUGAUUUGUGUUCAAAAACCUUCUCCACAUUAACUAUAUUGAAAGUACACUACGAACAAUGUCAUCACAUUCAACUAAGUUCCAAAGCUAUUGAACAUUGGUUAUUUUUAUUACAAAAAUUACAUGAUACAACAGGUCAACAGACAACUAAUACAACUCAGUCAACAUCACCUAUUACGCCAAUGGAAGCAAGUAGUGAAUCGUAUACUCUCACUCCUACAUCGCCGACACCAAUCAAUAUUAUUGAACAAACAUCAAAAUCAACUUUAAAACGAGAAUUAUCUCAGACAGCCAUUCUUAGUUCAGCAACCACAAAUAAUCAAAAUAACAGUGAUGAACAGCAAGAAAGGAAGAAGUUACGAGGAAUGGGAGAUGAAAAUCCCCAGCAUCUAUUUGACAGACAAAUGGCUGUGGCAGCUCAGGCAGCUAUCAAUAAUAUUUAUCCACCUUUAUUUGCACCACAAACAUCACAGCGAGAUCCAUCAUCAGCAAACUCAGCUACCACCGGAAACUCUACUCCAUUAACUCCAUCCUCUUACACUCAACAGUCUUCGACAACGUGUACGACAACUAAACGUAUUCGUACUCGUAUAACCGAUGAUCAACUGAAAAUACUUCGCCAACAUUUUAACAUAAAUAAUUCUCCAUCGGACGAACAAGUGAUGUUAAUGUCAUCAAAAACCGGUUUAACAGCUAAAGUCAUCAAACAUUGGUUUCGUAACACACUGUUCAAAGAGCGACAACGAAAUAAAGAUUCACCAUAUAAUUUCAAUAAUCCACCAGCGCAAACGAAAAUCGAUUUAGAAGAAUAUCAUAAAACAGGAACGAUUGUGAAGAAAGAUCAUGAUCUACAAGAACAGGAGAUGUCACAACCGCAUGACGAACAGACGCAUUCAGAAGCUAGUGAUGAUGAUUUAUCAUCGAUAAAUGACGAUGAAGAUGAUGACUCGUUAACAUACGAUAACACUUCACUUCUCUUGCCAACAGUUGAAAGUGAUAAUGAUGAACAAGUCCAGUCAUCAUCCAUCAAUUUGACAUCACCAACAGUGAAAAACUCUCAACAUCAACAACAAGCUGUUUUGUCUGCAGCCGCGGCUGCUGCUGCAGCAGCUGCUCAAAAACGCGCCAACCGUACACGUUUUACAGACUCCCAGUUAAAGUCGUUACAAGAAUCAUUCGAACAAAAUCCAUAUCCAAAAGAUGAUGAUCUCGAAGUAUUGUCCAAAAAUUUGAGCUUAAAUUCAAGAGUUAUUGUUGUUUGGUUUCAAAAUGCAAGACAAAAAGCGCGAAAAUCAUAUGAAAACCAAUUCAAUAGUUCUUCUGGUUCUAGUACAAUUUCAACAAGUGAGCAAAAUCCAGCAGUUAAAUUAGAGCGUGAUGAAGGUUACACAUGUAAAUACUGUCAAAAAUUAUUUCAACGUUUUGCUGAACUAAUGAAGCAUAUGAAACAAUGUAAUAAUACCACACAUUCAUCAUCAUUAUCUAGUAAGAAUGUGACAAUGAUAGAUACAAUUAAUAAUCAUAAUAAUAACAGUGAAGACACACUAAAAGUGAAUAAACAAAUGUCUCAAACUACAAUUGUUCCAAAACCAAUUAAACCAAAAGAAAAACAUUCAAACAGUGAACUAAAAUCGUCAUCUUCCACAUCUAUUUCAACGCCCAUAACUUCACCAAAAAUGUCUUCCUUAUUAUCUCAACCAGUUCAAACUCAACUCGAUAUGUCUAGCCAUUCAUCUUCCGGUCGUCAUUCAUCUUCGAAUGUUAAACGUGAAUCCACAUUUCUAUUUGACACCGAUAAGCCGUCCUCACGUUCGAAACAACCAGUAUUAAACUCUUCUCGUUCUACAGCAACCACCAGUGCAUCAACUGUAAUCAAAUCUGAGCCAUCAGAAUCAUCAUCACAAUCGCAACAGUUUUUGAAGACCAGCCUAGAUCAUCAACAAUUUCAAGAUCCAAUGGCUGCAUCAUACAGCAUGUUCAUGGCUGCGGCAGCAGCCGCCGCCGCUGUCCAAGCUCAACAACAAAACGGCACAGCAUCCUAUAAUCCAUUUAUGCCUCAAUCAAUGUCAACUACACCAUCGUCAUCCGAUAAAGAAAACUAUUGUGAUCAAUGUGAUAAAAAAUUUUCGUCAGUAAACGAAUUUCAAGAACAUCAAGCAUUUCAUAUGGCCAUGUUAAAUGCAGCUGCUUUCUUUCCUCUCUAUCAUCCAGCGGCUGCUGCUGCAGCGGCGGCAGCUGCAAUGUCAUUUGGAAAUUUUGGCGGUAAUUUUCAAGGUUUACCACCUCCUACAAAUCUAUUUUUACCAACGACAACAUCCUCAUCGGCAUCUAGUACACCAACGACCAAUGUUAUUACAACACCCACAACACCAAUGCUUAACUUUACAGAAAAAGCAUCAAAAUCGAAUGUGCGUGAUUGUGAUCAAUUGAUAUCACCACCACAAUCCUCUACAUUAAAACGACGUUUACCGCCAUCCAUAACGACGACUUCACUUCCCACUAUAAUAAAUUCUACUACGAGUCAUCGAUCGUCCAUGAGCGGUUGUGAUGACGAUAGUGACAAUGAUGGUCAAGAUUCUCGAGAUUCAUCAUUAAAUCUGAGUAGCGCCACUAUAAACGGUAAUUCAAAACGUAAUCGUACAACUAUAUUACCUGAACAACAAGAUUAUUUGAUGCAAAAAUAUCAGUUAGAAUCAAAUCCAAGUCGAAAAAUGUUAGAAGAAAUAUCGUCCGGUGUUGGUUUGAAAAAGAGAGUUGUUCAAGUCUGGUUUCAAAAUACAAGAGCAAGAGAGCGAAAAGGAACUAUCAAGACAUCUAUAUCAUCGACUUCUAACUCGCAACAAUCACAGAUAAUUAAUAAAAGAUGUCUCUAUUGUUCAUGUGUAUUUAAAUUACGUUCUACGUUAGAAAAUCAUUUAAUAUUGAAACAUCAAGAUCAGCUAGGUAUUGAGCAACAACAUCGUGAUCAAAUAAAAUUUAUUGAUAUCGAUACAUUUCCCGAUGCAACAUCAACGUCGACUCCAACACCAACUACACCUAAUCCCACAGUGGCAACAGUAGUUACAGGUGGUACAUUUGUACCACCACCAAUGAAUGAACAAGAAGAACUUGAGGAUCAAGAGUUUGAUGAAGAUCUAGAAGAGAAUGAUACAAUAUUGAGAGAUGACAAUAAUGUUGAAGAUGUGCCACUAGAUUUGACCAAACCGCUAGAUUUAGUUAAACACCCAAAAACUGUACCAAAACCGCGCAUGAACGAUAAACAACAGCAACAUCGAAAUGAUCUAAAUAUAUCUUCAUAUACGAAUAAUGUUAAUCAUGCUGCUAAUGAUGAUUUGACAAAUAAUUCUUUAGACUAUUCUGAUAAUGAAUGUGGCAUUCAUAGUGAUUAUGAUACAGAUACAGAAUUUGGUUCAAAUCAAUUUCAAUUAAAUACUAGUCAUCCUACACAAUCAUUAUUAAAUAAUAAUAAAACAUUAUCCAGUUCGAAUUAUCAAUCAUGGAUGCAAAGACAAUCAUCUUCACAAUCAAAUCUUUUACUAUCACCUCAUAAUAAUAAUGGUGGUCUACAUUCACCAACCGAUUCAACUCAUAAUGGAAACGGAUCAAAUAAAGAUUCAAAUGGUCAACGACGAUUUCGAACGCAGAUGACACCAUUGCAAAUUAAAUUAAUGAAAGCCAUUUUUCUGGAAUAUAGAACACCAACAAUGCCCGAAUGCGAAUUAUUGGGUCGUCAAAUUAAUUUACAAAAACGCGUUGUGCAAGUAUGGUUUCAAAAUGCAAGAGCAAAAGAAAAGAAAAAUCCCAAUUUUUUUAAAACAGAUCUUGAUUUGACGUAUGAACGAUCGCAAGAUGAAUGUCAUCUAUGUUCAACGAAAUAUACAGUAGCUCAUGGACAAAGAGAUCACUUGUUUACAUCCAUGCAUAUUGAAACUGUUCGGUCAUUACUAUGUAAACAAGCUCAAAACUCUAGUUCUAGUUCUACAUCUCACUCCCAUCAGUCAUCACAACAGUUACUUUCAUUUUCAAUGUCAUCAUCAUCAUCUUCGACGUCAUCCACGACCAAUAACAAUAAUAAUCAUCAUUCCGAAUCGCCUCCCGAUGAUUCAACUCCUAAUCCCACAUCAUUGUUAUCAAACGGUUUAUCAUCAAAUAAAUCUCGUUCGUCAUCGGUAUUAAAUUUAGAGAAUAAUAAUUCUGCAUCGGAUACUAAUCACCAUGAUGAUCAUCGUAAUAGUGGUCAUUCUCGUUCUUUAAUAUCAGAUAUAAAGUCAAAAGAAAAGAAAAAAUCAACAUCGAACAGUACUAAGUCUUCAACAAAAAUAGAUACUGCAAAGCAGCCAGAACAACAAACAGUACCAGCAGUCAUGGAUCAGCAACAACAACAGUUGAUGGCUGCAGCGGCGGCAGGUCUAAUGGGAACUCCAGAUCCAUCAGUAUUAUCCUAUUUCAAUUUAAUGAUGCCACAUCUAAUGCCAAUGAGUCUUGAUCCUUAUAACUUUUCAUUAGUCGAUCCAACAAUUCAUGGUACACACAUAUUUAUGUUGCAGUUACCACCGGAUGCCAUUCAAAGUAUUAUGCACGCAAUAAAAGAGAAUCGGUCCACUUCGCAAUACACACAAGAUGGGAAAACAAGGAAUGAUUUGAUAAAACUUGGCUUCAAAACAAUUGACCAUGAAACUAUUGAUGUUGGAUUUGCUUGCAAACAUUGUAAUUUUGUAUGGCCUUUAUAUGAACCAUGUCGUUGUCACACACUAUUAUGUUUUCAACUGGCGCCUACUCAAUUACCCCUUACGUUACAAACAAAACAAGAUACACAAAAAAUGUCUCGGUAUAUUCUAAAAAUUGAACAGUUACUCUAUCGUUGUACAGUUUGUAAUUCGUCAUACUCGACCGUUAUCGAAUUUCAACAACAUACAAAAGAGGAUACUCACCUUAAGAAUAUGCAAAAUUCACACAACAAUAAUAAUAAACGUCGCACAUCGUCGACAUCGUCAACUUAUUCAGAGAAUGAUUCGAAUAAACAUCAACAGAAAAAAUUUAACCAAGUGAAAAAAUCAGCUACCCAAAAUCAUCAGCAACAACAACAACCGAUGGCAGUUACGCCAACACCUUAA